GUUCGUGUCCAAUUUCUAUUUCAAACAAACGAAUGUAAAAUAUCAUAACGUCAUGAAUGAGUUUAAGGAACAAGAGGAAUCGUACAAAUUUUUCAAAUAUGAUCUAGAACCAGGCGAAGAAGUUGUUAUUUCCGGAAUCGCUGGUAGAUUUCCAAAGUCCAACAAUUUGUAUGAAUUGAAAGAUAAUAUUUUUAAUCGCAAAGAUUGUAUCACAGAUAACGGAAUAAAUACAGAGCAUUCAGAAAUUCCACGACGAACGGGGAAAAUUAACUAUAUUGAGAAAUUCGAUGCAUUAUUUUUUGACGUCGAUUUUAAAGAAGCACAUACUAUGGAUCCUAUGGGCAGAAUAUUGUUCGAACAUACUUAUGAAGCUAUUGUGGAUGCUGGAAUUCAUCCAAAAGAUCUUCGUGGAACGAGGACAGGUGUAUUCUUAGGUUCUUGCUUCUCCGAUACAGAGAAAACUUGGUUCUACGACAAACUCCAGAUAAAUGGCUUUGGUAUCAUAAGCUGUAGCAAAGCUUUUAUGGCCAACAGAAUUUCGAAUUGGUUGGACGUCACUGGACCAACAUACAACAUUGAUACCAUGUGCAGCUCAAGUCUAUUUGCAAUGGAACACGCAUAUAGAGCUAUACAUAACGGACAAUGCGAUUACGCGAUCGUCGCUGGAUCAAAUCUUUGCCUUCAUCCAUUCCUAACUUUGCAAUUUAAACGUUUAGGAAUAUUGUCUGAGGAUGUUCGUUGCAAGUGUUUCGACGAAGAUGCAGUUGGUUACGUGCGCAGCGAAGCCGUAAUUGUUACAUUUCUGCAAAAAGGAAAAAAUGCUAAAAGAAUCUAUGCAACAGUUAUCCAUGCGAAAACUAAUUGCGAUGGUUAUAAGGAACAGGGAAUAACAUUUCCUUCUAGCCAAAUUCAGAGUACUCUUUUCAAAGAAUUCUACGAUGAAUGCGGUGUACCAACAGCUUGUAUAAAUUACAUCGAAACUCAUGGUACAGGAACUAAAGUUGGUGAUCCUGAAGAAAUUAAUACUAUAAAUCAGAUUUUCACAAAGAACAGAAACGAUCCUCUUAAAGUCGGUUCCAUCAAAUCAAAUUUGGGUCAUACCGAACCAGCCAGUGGAAUGUGCUCCAUUGCUAAGGCGACAAUAUCGAUGGAGUCAGGCCUAAUAACACCAAAUAUCAAUCUUAAUCAACUACGCAAAGACGUGGAAGCUUUUACAGAAGGGAGAAUCAUGGCUGUUACCGAAACGUCUCCACUUGAUGGGGAAUACAUAGGCAUUAACUCUUUCGGCUUUGGUGGUGCUAAUGCUCACGUCUUACUUAAAUCAAAUCAAAAAACAAAGGUCAAUAAAGGAUUGCCAGAUGACGAUUUGCCAAGACUCGUAACUCUUUCUGGACGUACCGAAGAAGCAGUUGUAACCAUAUUAAAUGAUAUCGAUAAUCGACCGAUAGAUGUCGAAUUUAUUCGUCUCCUUCAUGAUAUUCAUCUCAAAGAUACAACAAGUCAUUUAUGUCGAGGAUACACGAUAACUAGUUCUAAAUCGUCUGACGAAAAAUUGAGAGAAAUUAAAAAUUAUUCUGGUAUCAAAAAACUAAUAUUGUUUGUUUUUUCUGGAAUGGGAUCGCUCUGGUCUGUUACAGGUCAAAGUCUAAUGAGAUUCCCUAUAUUUGCUAAAGCUAUAGAGAAAUGCGACGCUGUAUUAAAGCAGUAUAAAUUGAAUAUUUAUAAAAUUUUAACUGAAAAAGAUAAUAGCAUGUUCGACAAUAUCUUGCAUUCGAUCGUCGGAAUUGCUGCAGUUCAGAUCGGCUUGGUAGGUCUUCUAACUUCCGUAGGUGUAGUACCGGACUACGUCAUCGGAUAUUCCGUUGGUGAACUUGGUUGUGCUUACGCAGAUGGAUGUUUUACAGCAGAGGAAAUGAUAUUAGCAGCAUAUUCGCGAGGAAUGGCUUUGAUAGAAACAGAAAUACCUCAUGGUUCUAUGGCAACGGUAGGGCUUUCCUAUGAAGAUCUGAAAAAUUGCUGUCCUGUUGAUAUCGACAUCGCAUGUCACAAUGGAACCGAAAGUACAACUGUUAGCGGACCGACCGAUUAUGUGAAGAAAUUCGUUAAAAAAUUACAGGCAACUGAAGUUAUCGUGGAAGAGGUAGCGUGCAAUAAUAUACCUUAUCAUAGCCGAUAUAUGGCCGCAGUUGGAUCGAAACUUUUUGUAUAUUUAAAAAAAGUGAUACCAGUAGCGAUGGCACGAAGUGAAAAAUGGCUCAGUACAUCGGUGCCACGAAACGCGUGGUCGACAUCAGCCGCAAAACUCUCGUCAGCUGAGUAUCACACCAAUAACCUGUUGAAACCUGUACUCUUUGCAGAAUCAUUAGCUCUGAUUCCGAACAAUGUUGUCACGAUUGAAAUUGGAUCGCAAAAUCUACUACAAGCGACUUUAAGAAAAUCAUUGCAACCAACCGUCAGGAAUAUUGCAUUAAAUCAUCUAAAUGAUAAAAAUAACGUGAUCAUUUUUCUGCAAGCAUUAGGGAAGAUUUAUAACAGCGGUAUACAGCUAGAUCUUACUAAAUUAUAUCCACACGUAGAAUAUCCGGUCAGUCGAGGUACUCCAAUGAUAUCCCCACUUAUUAAAUGGAAACAUUCAGACGACUGGUUUGUGACAGAUUACAAUAAACAAGAGAGAAUUGAUUCUGGUGAACGAAUAUUUGAAAUAUCGAUCGAUUAUGUAGAAUUUCAGUACGUUAUUGGUCACGUGGUCGAUGGCAGAAAUUUGUUUCCAGCGACAGGAUAUUUGUGUUUAGUUUGGCAAACUUUCGGCAUGAUAAUAGGACAAUUGUACACGGAAUUAUUUGUUGUCAAUGAAAAUAUAAAGUUUAAUCGAGCUACCUCCAUUCCGAAAAAAGGCAAAAUUGAAAUGAUAGUCAUGAUUCAAAAAGGCAGUGGUAAUUUCGAAGUGGCCGAAGGAGGUCUUGCUAUUGUUACUGGAGUGAUACGUGUUGCAACAAACUUGUUACAAGAGAAAAUACCCCUUGAUUUGAUCAAAUCAAAUAUUGGCAAUGAGAAGGAAGAAUUAGAUGAGAAAGAUAUUUAUAAAGAGCUGAAACUGCGUGGUUACCAAUAUAGCGGCCUCUUUCGAAGUUUAAACAGUGCCUCAGUUUCAGGAAAAAAAGGACAUAUCGAGUGGAAAAGAAAUUGGGUAGCAUUCCUGGAUAACAUAUUGCAGAUGAAAAUACUCAUUUUAGAUACCCGAGGUUUAUUCGUACCGACUGGUAUUCGAAAAUUGAUAAUAGAUACUAGAGCUCAUCAACGAUAUCUGCAAAGUUUGACAACCAAUAAAAAAUAUGUACCUGUACAAUUAUUUGAGGAUAUUGAUGUGAUUGUAACAGAGGGUGUGGAAAUUCAUAAUAUUAGGGCCAGUAAGAUUGUUCGGAAGAAACCUGUCAGUGAUCCAAUUAUCGAAGAACAUAAAUUCAUUGCUUAUCGUGACAGAAGGGAAAUGUCAUUACGCGAAAUAUUAACGUUAUGUAUGCAUAUUACUCUUGAGAAUAUACCAAUGAAGAAAGUGAAAACAAUAGAACUCGUUGAGGAUAAUGACAAUAUAUCUGCGGAAAAAUUUGUUUCUCCAUUGUUCAGAGACAUUCUCGCCAAUUUACCUUCGAUUCAAGCAAGCAUUAAUUUAUUUGCACCACCAAAGAAAUUUAGCGAAGAAGACAUUCUUAAAUAUGUUGAAAUUUCAAAAUCAACAAAAUUACGAACAGAUGAUGUAGCGAUAUUAACAGUUGCAUGUUGUUUAUUAACCAAUGAAAAAAAGGAAAGUUUAAAAUAACUUUUAAAAUCUACAAAAGAUGGGGCUUUCCUUUUAUCGUGCGUAAAGGAAAAUAUACCAUUGGACUAUUCUAUUCUAAAGGAAUUUCGAUUAGGUAUAGUUUUGGAGAAACGUGCUUUCGAGGAAUCGUGGAUAUUGUUAAAGAAGAUCAAGAAAAUUUCGAAAAAUAUUCUAUGUAUUAAUGUUAGGAGCAAUGAAUUUAACUGGUUGAAUGAAGUAGAAAAUGUGCUUGCCAAUGAAACACAAGAAGAUAACACGAGAGUGAUACUUGUUGAGGAAGGAAACUUUGAAUCUUGUCUGUUAGGAUUCAUUAAUUGCUUACAGAAAGAAUCUGGAGGCAAAAUCUUUCGAGCUGUUUUAGUCCAGGAUCUUACAGCCCCGAAAUUUUCUUUAGAAUUGCUCCUUUAUUCGUAACAAUUCGAAAUCGAUCUUUUCAUCAAUGUUUUACGACCAGGAAACGUAUGGGGAUCAUAUAGGCAUCAGCUACUUCCAUCCUGUGAACCAAAGCUUAUGCAUCAUGCCUUCGUUAAUCAGUUGUCACGCGGAGAUUUAAGUUUUAUGUUGGCUCGAAGGACCAAUUACGAAGGACUAUCAAAAGGCAGAUCUUGUUCGCAUCCAUUAUGCAUCGUUAAACUUUAAA